AUGAAAAAUGUGCAUAAUUAAAUAAGCAUUUGAGAUGAUGCAAUCAAACAACUGGAUUAUUUGUGUGCAAAUUGUUUUUUGUCUGGUGCAUUAUCAAUAUACUGUACAUGAACAACAUUUUACCCAUUUAUUCUUGUCCAGGUUUGGGCGACGACCACUUCUGUUGGUAUCCUAUUUAUCAUCCACAAUAUUUGCAGUGCUAAGUGCAUUCUCACCAUCGUAUGUCAUGUUUGUUAUCAUGAGAUUUUUUACGGGGAUGUCACUCGCAGGAAUAAGUAUCAUCUCUCUUGUUUUAAAUGUUGAAUGGUUUGGCGUUGAACACAGAACCUUCUCUGGUAUAAUCAUAAGCCUGGAUUGGACAGUUGGCAGCUGGAUUCUGGUUGGAAUUGCAUAUUGUGUAAACGAAUGGAGGAUGCUCAUUUUGGCAGUGACCUCACCCCUGAUACUGGCCAUCAUUGCCUGGCGGUGGCUUCCGGAGUCUGCUAGGUGGCUCACUGCUAAUGGGAAUGCAGAAGCCGCUCAUUAUUACAUAAAGAAAUGUGCAGAGAUGAACAACAGAACUGAGUGUAUGACUGACAUCACAACAAAGACACUACUGGAAUGUGCAGAAACACAAACAAAAGAUAAGAACUACACUGUUGUGGAUCUUUUUAGGACCCCAAAGAUUAGGAAACUUACAGUAUUCUCAGGAAUAGUGUGGUACGGAGUUGCAUUUACGUAUUAUGGGAUAAGUCUAAAUAUCACAGGGUUUGGUCUAAACCCAUACCUCACACAGUUUAUAUUUGCAUCCAUCGAAAUGCCAAUGAAGAUUGGUGUGUAUUUCUUCCUGGAGAAAAUUGGUAGAAAACCUGGUGAGACAGGGACACUGCUGUUGACCGGACUCUGCCUCUUCAUCAAUAUGUUUGUUGCACAAGAUAAGUGGGUAAUUCGCACUGUUGUCGCAGUCCUUGGAAAAGCCAUGUCAGAGGCCUCUUUCACAAUUAUGUACCUCUUCACAACUGAACUCUAUCCCACAGUCGUACGACAGAACGGUGUAGGCUACACAGCGUUUCUGGCUCGGCUGGGCGUAUCCAUAUCCCCACUUAUCAUGCUAUUGGAGGACGUAUGGCAUCUCCUACCUGCAGUCACUUACUGUGCAGUAGCAAUUGGAUCUGGUUUAGUGGCCUCACUCUUGCCUGAAACUUUAAACACCCAACUGCCAGAGUUCAUUGAAGACAUUGAGAAACCAAGGGUACAAUCAACAAAGGAGGAGAUUCAAUAAAAAUCACACCUAUUGAAAAUGAGCCAAUUUAUUACUGUAAAAACUGGGAGGUUAUUAAUAUUAAAGAUGAGUUGAUUUUAAAAUAAAAAUAAGACAACAAUAAUUAGUUUUAUUUAAAUUAGAAAGGUAAUGGUGACAAGCUUGUUAAAGACUUAUUAUGGCCUGGGAAGGGGACAUGUCAUUACCAUGUCAGCCCAGUAAUAGACUAUAAGCAGAUGAUGAAUUGUUGGUGUCAUUUCGGUGCCUAUCUCUUUGUGUUCUGGUGAUCACAUUAAUGAACAGCUUGAUGUA